AUGCCUAAUAUGCCUUACAAAAUAAAAAAGGGUUUGUCGCGUGGUCGAAAACCUCGAAAAAUAUCCAAAGUGCUAGAUUUCACUGGCCAGCACGCUGUUAUGCUGGUGGAGAAGCCACAGACACCAAGAGGAGCAGGAAAAUCAAUCCGAUGCGUUAACGGUAAAGAAGAUCAACAGCUUAUAACUACACUGGAAAAGUCUGUCAAUAUGGUGGACGGGUUGACACAGGAAUUAGUUGGUAAUAAUGGGCUUAGAAACAAGGCACAGACUAUUAUUGGAAACGAGGUGCUUGCUCUCAUGAGUACCGAGCAGCUUAAUGAAUAUGCUAAAUUCAUUGAAUUCAAGCUGCUAACAGUUAACUACAAUCGAUAA